AUGUUUACUACAAUGGAUGUAUAUGAUGCAGCUUUAUCAAUCGGUCGUGAAUGUCAGUUAAUUGUCGAUGAAUAUGGUGAUGAUGUGUUAAGAGAUCUAAUGCCGAAAAUUGUCUAUAUUUUGGAAGAAUUAGAAGCAUGUACUAGUUAUUGUGAUAAAGAAAAAGAAGAAAUUGCUCGUCUUCAAACAGUUGCAGAUGAACUUCGUAAUGAUCAGAAAUCUGACAUUAUACUUAAAGAUAAAUAUGAUAAAAGUUUGGAACAACUUGAACAAAGCUGGUAUUGUGAAAGUCAAAAGUUAUUGCAAGAAAUUACUGAAUUAGAACAAGAAAAUGUUCGUUUAACACAUCAAUUAAUUUCUUCUUGUCAUAAAGAGGUCAGGGAACAGGACGAUCCCAAUGUCAUACGAAAUUGUGUAACGUGUGAUGAAUCAGAUAUUAUAUGUCCAACACCUCAUCAUUCAAAAGUAGGUGCUUUUUUAUUAGCCACUGCAAAGUUGGGUCUUGAAGGUGUUUCAGCCAAUCUUGACAUGGACAAAAUUUACGACAAAUUAAAAAAUAAACAUAAUGAGGAGGAAUUAUCUAAUAUGAUGUCUAGUUUACUAUUGGAAACAGAAGAAAGGAUACAGUUAACUGAACAAGAAAAUCGUGCAGCUGAUCUUCAACUAGUUCAACAAUUAAAAGAAUGUGUAGCAAUUAAUUACAAGACUGCACGACAAAUUCGUCGUGAAUUAACUGAAGUUGGCGCUUCAUUAGAUGCAUCAGAAGAAGAAGUUUGUCGUUUGGCUCGUCAAAGUGGUCAAUUAUUAGCAUCUUGUGCCCCUCAUAGACGUCAAACUGGUCAAUUAGUGUCAGAAAAAGCUACACUUGAAACACAGUUAUGUGUAAAAGAACGAGAAUUGGCUAAUUUACUGAAAGAUUUAUCAAAUAACGAUAUGUCACAUAAUAACCAAUCUGGAAUAAUGUCGAAUACAUGUGAAUCAAUACUACAAUUACCUGCCGGACAAGGUUUAGAAUCAAUUAAUUUUGAACAAGAAUCAAAUAGUACUAAUAAAUAUAUCUCUGUAGAAGAAUUACGUUAUCUGCUACAUGAACGAAAUGAACUUAAAUGUCGACUAAUUGAAUUGGAAGAAGAAUUGAGACUGUUAGAGUUAGAGAAUCAAAAGGAUCCAGAAGUAGAAGGACCUAUGUUGCCUGAACCACCUGAAAAACUUCGUCCAAAUUGGGAAAACCGUUCAACUAUAAAAACGAUCUUUCAAAAUCUUCUUCAUCAUUUAACUGAACGUGCUACAACUAUGUUAUCGUGA